GAGCCCGCCGGACGGGAGGCGGCCCAGCCGCGGGCUCGGCCUCGGCCCCAGCCCCGCCAGCAUGGCCGGCCGGACCGUGCGGGCCGAGACCCGGAGCCGGGCCAAGGAUGACAUCAAGAAGGUGAUGGCGACCAUCGAGAAGGUCCGGCGAUGGGAGAAGCGCUGGGUAACCGUGGGUGACACUUCCCUUCGGAUCUUCAAGUGGGUGCCAGUGGUGGACCCCCAGGAAGAGGAGCGCCGGCGGGCAGGUGGUGGGUCAGAGCGAUCCCGGGGCCGGGAGCGGAGGGGCAGGGGCGCCAGUCCCCGCGGAGGUGGCCCGCUUAUCCUGCUCGAUCUCAAUGAUGAGAACAGUAACCAGAGUUUCCAUUCGGAAGGCUCCUUGCAGAAGGGAACUGAGCCCAGCCCUGGGGGCACCCCCCAGCCCAGCCGUCCUGUGUCACCUGCUGGACCACCGGAAGGGGUCCCAGAGGAAGCUCAGCCUCCACAGCUGGGUCAGGAGAGAGAUCCUGGGGGUGUAACUGCAGGAAGCACUGAUGAACCCCCAAUGCUGACCAAGGAGGAGCCAGUUCCAAAAUUGCUGGAGGCUGAGGAGUCCGCUGUGAGGAUGACCAGGAGAACCCUCCAUGAGAAAGGCCUGAAGCCAGAGCCCCUCCGGCGCCUCCUUCCCAGGAGGGGGCUCCGGACAAAUGCCAGGCCCACUUCCACGGUGCACCCUGAUACCAGAGCUCUUGGGGGAGGAAGCAAGGCCCCUCGGGCACCCAGGACGAUCCCCCAGGGGAAGGGAAGGUGAGCCGCUCCCCAGGCAAGGUGAGGCUCUUAGACCUCCCUUGGCCACUCCAAGUCCAGCUACCAGCCCACCCAGAAGGUGGAGGGAGCGGCCCAGUCGACUGCCACCGUGGGAACUUGGAAGCCGGAGAGCCUAGUUUGCCCCAAAUGGAAGA